UGAUGAAGCCUCUUUAGAGUUUCUGGUGUUAGGACCAGGUCAUCUGUUGUGUUUUCAUGUAAUUUAUGGACAGUUAUUGAAACUGCUGGAGAAAAUGUUUCAUAUGAUUUUACUCUGUUGGUGCUGGUGGAGUCUGAUGGCAGUGUUUGGUUCUGAGUCUGUGUCAGUGACUGAAGGAGAGUCUGUUACUCUCCACAUGAAUAUCACUGAACAACAGAGGAAAGACGGAAUCUCAUGGAAGUUUGGACCCACAGAUAAUAAAAGUCUCAUAGCUGAAAUCAAGGAUGGGAAUAAUGCAAUAAAGUUAUAUGCUUAUAGACCUGAUGGGAGAUUCAGAGACAGACUGAAGCUGGAUCAAACCGGAUCUCUCACCAUCACAAACACCAGAAUCACACACUCUGGACUUUAUCAAAUAACCACCAGCAACCACGAGGAGCUACUCAACAAGAUAUUCAACAUUACUGUCUAUACUCGUCUGUCUGUUCCUGUCAUCACCAGAGUCUCUUCACAAUGUUCUUCAUCUUCAGUGUCAAACUGUUCUGUGUUGUGUUCAGUGAUGAAUGUGUCACAUGUGAGUCUCUCCUGGUUUAAUGAAAGCCGUGUACACUCCAGCAUCAGUGUGUCUGAUCUCAACAUCAGACUCUCUCUACCUCUGGAGGUGGAACAUCAGGAUACAAACACAUACAGAUGUGUGGUCAACAAUCCCAUCACAAACCACACACAACAUCUCAACAUCACUCAACUCUGUCACAAGUGUUCAGGUUCAGUUUUCAACAUCUGCAGUUAUGGUUUUACUGAAGCUGUGAUCCGAUUGGUCGUCUCUGCUCUGGUGGGCGUGGCUGUUGUUGCUGUAAUGAUUUCUGAUGUCAGAUCCAGAAGAGAUGAACAGAAGAAGAGAUCAGACACUCAGUUCAAUGACUGAUGAAUAUAUUGAGCUAGUUUAGAGUCUACAGUGUUUUGAAUCUGAAAAAUCAUUUCAAAUAUGAAAAAAGGAACUUAAAUAAAAGUGCUUUCUUCUCUUUCAUUUGAGUUAAAGGUUUUUCUAUUUACAACUCUUAUUCCUUUCUCAAAUCUAUUGUCUCUUUUUAUUAAAACAAUGAAGACAACUGUUAAAAUCUUAACUUGGCACUUUGUAAACUAAAAUAAAACAUUCUUUAAAUUUUGCUACAAUAAUUGCUUGUUUUCAAUGCACCAGCACAUAUUAUUUACACUGAUGUGAUUAUUCAGUGUAACUUUAUUUUCUUGAUAGGAUAAAACUAUUGUCAUUGUGUAAACAUGUCUGUUCUUUUGACCACAUGUUGCAUGUUAGACUGA